CAAGCGCUGUUUCGAAACGAUGUCAUCGAUGAAUCCAUCGAAGAUUCUCACCUCUUUUUUUUCACCUCUACGCCAGCUUUUAACAUGUGUCGCAUCCUCUACAUCCUUAAUUGAUACUUCAUCGUUUUCCUGCCCAGACACCCGUGAGCCUAUCUUCAGUCCGCCCUCCUCGUUUUUCUGCUUCCUCCUUUUUUUCAAGAACGAGGACCCGCGGCUCGCCGAUCUCUCAGAUUCAGAUCAAAUUCUAGAUAAGCUUAAAUUUAUAGUAGAUAAUUAUAGCGAGGUAAAAAUUAAAAUUAAUAGUUAUGUGAUUAGGACUGCUUCGAGUGAAGAUGAAAAGAGAGGGCUUAGUAUCGUGACGAAAUACGUCAAUAGCCCUCCGAUUUCCGAUCUCGAAUCCGUGUUCGAUCAUUUUUUAAAUAAAAAUUAAGAGAUGAAAGAAGCCUUGUCCCCGCUGCCUCUUCCAGCGGAGCCAGCGCCGACAUCA